GGAGUAGUCUAUUCAAAUAUACUACUCCCCGUUUCCAUCGCCUCCUCACUCCCUUCCAUUCCAUUCCCUUUGCGCGCAGCCUCGUCGCCUCGCCUCGCCGAUCCGCCUCUCGUUCCGCCCGCCUUCCGCCCCCUCAAGAUGGUGAAGGUCGACACGUCGGCAUUUGUGAUCUUGCUGUAUUGUGCUUCCCCAAUGGUAGCUGUGGCUUGGCAGGCAGAACCUUUGCAAUGGUCUCUGCUACUUCUGUUGGGGAUCUGGCUCAUCGGCUGCUUCAAGCUCUUCGGUCUUCUCCAUAUAAUGUUUCCAGCAUAUCAUGGAGACAACCACAGCAUGGGAGCAGCAACACCAACAAGCCCAGCAUGUGUUGAACUGGUGAACCGUGCGGAGGUGGCCUGGUCCGGCUACAUCCUGAUGGCCGCACCAGUGUUGGCCGUAUGGGCUGGCUUCAUCAGUGGACCAGAAAUCUCCUUCCUGGCAUUCUUGCUCCUGCUUCUUGGGUGCCGGUUUGUUUACCUUGCUAUGCUCGCACCGUCCAAGUUCAAGAUGUCCUUGCAACAUUUUCAUGGCCCACAUCAAAAAAAAAAAAGAAAGAAGCUAGCUAAACAUCUUGUAUAGUAGUAUGUCCCACCAAAAAAAAAAAACAUGUGUCAAACUGUUUGUGAGUUGUCAGUUAUCCCCGCAAUGUCUGUACCUGUAGGCUCUGUAGCUGUACUGUGGUAUUAUACUAGUAGUUAUGUUGUGUAUGUCCCAUAUAACUAUUCAAAAAAGUCUGUGUGUGGUGUGCAGGGUCAGAGGGUCCAUCAUAGAACUUUAUUUUCUUGUGUAUUAUUAUUGUGUGGUGUAUGUCCGAUAUGCCUUGUAUUUGAAUACAAAACCUUACUGUGUGAAAUAUAAAUACCGUAUUGUAUAUUA